UUGUUCGCAUCGCACGUCUGGUCGCGCGGUGUGGAGUUCACCCGCGCCAAUGCCGUGCUCAGCGAGCGGGCGGACGGCGAGGAAGUCGUCCUCAAGGUGGUGACGCGGGAUAAGGUCGUGCAACCCACCGUCACACUGUGGCCGGAUGACGAGGAUUGGUUGUGCGAUUGCGGUCACCAUGAGACGGUGUGCGCACACGUGGCCGCGGCGGUGAUCGCCUACCGGCGCGCCCGACAAGAGGACAAGCCCCUCCCCGCGGCGCAACAGGCCAGCGGCCGGUUGCGCUACGCGUUCACGCGUUCGCAAGGCGCGCUGAGCUUCGAGCGCCACGUCGUCCACGACGGCCGCGAGCAAAUUCUGGAAUCGCCGCUGUCGCUGAGCCUCACCAGGCCCGGCGGCUUGCGUUUCCAGGGCCGGAUAUCCAUCGCGGUGGCGGCCACGCCGGCCGAUCUGGCGGUCGAAUCGGCGCUGGGCAUACACCGGCGCGGACGCCUGCCGCGCGAAGUGAUGGGAAAGCUGCUGGAAGCGCUGGCCUCUUGCCCGGACGUACGGCUGGGCGGCAACCCCGUCAAAAUCCUCGCCAAGCCCAUCGGCCUGCAAGCCUGCCUGGAGGACCAGGGCGACGGCUUCCGGCUGUUUGUGGAACGCGACCCGGCUAUCACCGAGGAAUUUGGCAACGGCGUGGUGCUAUGCGGCGACACGCUGCGGCCGGUCGCCAACCCCGGCCUCACCGCCCGCGAACGCGCCGACCUCCCCGAAGGACGCCACUUCUCCUGCGAUCAACUCACCGAAUUGUUCAGCGAUAUCCUGCCGUCCUUGGAAAAGCGUCUGCCGGUGCAGGUGCGCACGCGGCGCUUGCCGCAGGUGGUGGAGGAACCGCCGCGCAUCAUGCUGGACGUGCACCGCGAAGGUGACGCCCUGACGGUGCUGCCGACGCUGGUUUACGGCCAGCCGCCCCUGGCCCGCGUCGAUGGAGAACGCCUGGUGCACCUGCAAGGGCCGCUGCCGAAACGCAACGAGCGCGCGGAAGAACGCUUGGUGCGGCAACUCCGGCAAACGAUGCAACUUGCCCCCGGGCACAAGGCGCAAUACACCGGCUCAGAUGCGGUACGGGUCGCCACGCGCCUCAAGGGAUGGCGCGGCGAAAUACGCGGCAGCGGGCACACCGCCUUUGAACUGGCGCCGCCGCUGGUGCCGCAGGGGCGGCUCGAUUUCCAGAACUUCGAGAUGUGGUUCGAAUCCGCCCCGCCCGCGUCCGGCGACCCCGCCAAGCGUGUGGAUGCCGGGGCGGUGUUGCGCGCCUGGCAAAGCGGCGAGUCGCUGGUGCCGUUGUCCGGCGGCGGCUGGGCGCCCCUGCCACGCGAAUGGCUGGAUCAGUUCGGUCACCGGGUGGCCGACCUGCUGGCGGCGCGUAACGCCAGUGGCGUACUGCCCCAAUUCGCCCUACCAGACUUGGCGCGCCUGUGCGAAUCAUUGGAACAACCGCCGCCGCCGGAAUUUGACGCGCUGCGCACCCUCGUGGACGACUUCGCCGGCAUUCCCGCGGCACCGAUGCCCAACGACAUGCAGGCCACGCUGCGCUCCUACCAACACAGCGGCGUCAACUGGCUCGUCUUCAUCCGGCAAGCCGGGCUCGGCGGCAUGCUGGCGGACGACAUGGGCCUCGGCAAAACCCUGCAAGCCCUGUGCGCCGUGCGCGGCCGCACCUUGGUAGUGGCGCCGACCAGCGUGCUGUCGCACUGGGGCGACGAAAUCCGCCGUUUCCGCCCGGGUCUGCGCCAAUCGCUCUACCACGGCCCGCAGCGCCGCCUGGACGCCGAGGCCGACGUCACCCUGACCACGUACGCCAUUCUCCGCCUGGACAGCGACCGGCUGGCGCAGCAAAGCUGGGACACGGUGGUGCUCGACGAGGCCCAGAACAUCAAGAAUCCCGACAGCCAAGUGGCACAGGCGGCCUUUGAGCUGCGCGCCGCGUUUCGCCUGACGCUGAGCGGUACGCCGGUCGAGAAUCGCCUCGACGAGUUGUGGAGCCAGUUCCAUUUCUUGAAUCGCGGCCUGCUCGGCGGCCGGCAGGACUUUCAGGACCGUUACGCCCAGCCCAUCGCCAGCGGCCAACCGCAGGCGGCUGAGCGGCUGCGAGAGCGCAUUCGGCCGUUCAUCCUGCGGCGCAGUAAGGGGGAAGUGGCGCCGGAACUGCCGCCGCGCACCGAGCGGGUGCUGCAUUGCGAGCUCAGCGACGCCGAACGCAUCGUGUACGACACGGUGCGCGCCGCCACCCUGAAUGACGUGGUGGCCCGUCUGGAGGCCGGAGGCAACGUCAUGGCGGCGUUCGAGGCGCUGCUGCGGCUACGCCAGGCCAGUUGCCACAGCGGCUUGGUACCGGGGCAGAGCGCGGACACCUCGGCCAAGGUGGAACUGCUUCUGGAGGUACUCGGCGAGGCGGUCGCCGACCACCACAAGGCGCUGGUGUUUUCGCAAUGGACCACCUUACUGAACCGCGUCGAGCCACACUUGCGCGCCGCCGAUAUCGACUUCACCCGCCUGGACGGCCAGACACGCCGGCGCGAUGAGGUAGUGCGGCGCUUCCAGGACGCGGACGGCCCACCGGUCAUGCUCAUCUCCCUGCGCGCCGGCGGUACCGGCCUCAAUCUCACCGCCGCCGAUCACGUCUUCCUGCUGGAUCCGUGGUGGAACCCGGCGGUUGAGGAUCAAGCCGCCGACCGCGCCCACCGUAUCGGCCAGACCCGCCCGGUGCUGGUGCACCGUCUGGUGGCGCGGGACACGGUGGAGGAACGCAUCCUGGCGCUGCAGCAACACAAGCGGGCGCUGGCCGACGUCGCGCUGGCCGAUGCCGCUGGUGCUGCGGGGAUUACGCGCGACGACCUGCUGGCGUUGUUGGCGUGA